AUGCUGCUCCUCCACCAAGUCGGCAGUGUCAAGAUCGGAGAGGUAGUGCGUUACACUGUGACAUAUAAGCCUUCGGCGGACCACAUUCUUCCCUCCCCUGAGUUUCUGUACCUACGCAUCAAGAACACAUGCUCCACUCCUUUACGCGCCGCCUUUGUCCACGGCCCCUACACCCUUUCGGUCGCUGCAUACCCGGCACAUUUCAAGCCUUUCGAGAAGUUCGAGAAUCCCCGUCGCUAUGGCGUACCAGAAUUUGAGCCAAUGCUCAAGGCAGGAUCCGUCUGGAACUGCCACCUGGUAGUGCCCGACAACAUCCGCCAAACUGCCGGUGAGGGGAGCAGUCAGCACGGCUAUUUUGGUGGACGCCCGAACCGGGAGGGCGAAAGCGCGUCCUGGAUCAUCGAAGUCAGCUCUCAGGUCUUGUUUUCCACCUCGGCCGCAGUGCACUACGAAAUAUUGCUGGCCCGGGAUGAGAAGUCCCUCAACAUCGGCUCCGUAGUUUCCGUUAUUGGAGGUCAGACCCAUGUCCCGGAACCGGGGCGAGUCAGCGACUUUCAACGGGGCGCGGAGUCCCAAAAGGACCCUUCAGGCUUACAGAAAGGAGUCUUCUCCAAAGCAAUUCAUCUCAAGGUUGAGGAUACUGCUGCCUUGUGGAAUACCCCCCAACUGCCUGGCUGGGACGACGUGGGCUGGCUUCGCGCUAGGAGUGACGAUCUCGUUGAGCCUCCUACUGAGGCAGCUACAGAUAACAACCGGCCACACGCGAACCAACAGCACCGGAAACACAAGCCCAAAAAGGUUCAUCUAGUCGUCCUCACCCAUGGACUACACAGCAAUCUCGGCAGCGAUAUGCUGUUUCUCAAAGAAAGCAUCGAUGCAGCAGUCAAGCAAGCAAAGAUCGACGCCAAAGCACGGAGAGCCAGGGAAAGGGUUGUAAGGAGACGCGACUCUUCCCAGAUUGAAGCCCCAGAGCGAGCUGCUGAUGGCAGCAGUCACACCCUUGACGCUCGUGUUAAUGACGGGGGCAGGGAGUCGAACAUGGGAGAAGUUGAUGAGAGUGACUCUGAUGACGAGGAAGUCAUAGUCCGUGGGUACUCGGGCAAUGCCACAAGAACUGAGAAAGGCAUCAAGUACUUGGGCAAGCGACUGGCAAAGUAUUUGUUGGCAAUGACGUAUCCUGAUCAGCCAUGCUUGGUCACCCCGAAAGAUGCGUCUGAGGCUAUUGUCCACACUCUUAAAACGAGCGCUUUUAAGAAAGCCGGGGAAGAUGGCCACAAGCAAGGCUCUUCUUUCCGAUCUCAUUCUUACGGGACCAACAGGACGUACAAGUUCACCAAAAUCAGCUUCAUAGGGCAUUCCCUCGGAGGCCUCGUGCAGACGUACGCCAUCGCAUACAUCCAAAAACACUCACCGAAGUUCUUUGAUCUCAUCCAGCCUGUCAACUUCAUUGCCUUAGCCUCGCCCUUUUUGGGUCUUAAUCACGAAAACCCUCUCUAUGUGAAGUUUGCUUUGGAUUUUGGCCUGGUUGGUCGAACAGGUCAGGACCUGGGACUCACUUGGAGGGCGCCAACUAUUGCACGCAAUGGAUGGGGGGCUAUUGUGAGCAGUUUGGGCGAACAUGCACACAAGCGCAUGUAUGGAGAGCCACAACCUGAAUCCAAACCUCUUCUUCGAAUUUUACCUACCGGUCCAGCUCAUAAGGCACUUAAGAAGUUCCGUAACCGAACAGUGUACUCAAAUGUUGUCAACGACGGCAUUGUGCCUCUCCGUACCAGCUGCCUGCUUUUCCUGGACUGGCAGGGACUCGGCCGUGUAGAGAAGGCUCGCCGAGAAGCUGGACUUGUCGAGACCGUUGUGGGCUUUGGAUGGGCUGAGCUUACAGGAGCAACUGUAACAACACCGAGGCUUGCGCCGUGGAGGCCACCAGACGAAGAAGAAAACGGUGAUGGAAACGAUAUGGACAAGAACGCCCAGGCAAAAAUUGAAGAUCUUCACGCAGUUCCUCAGCCCCCUAGUAAUGCCACGCUGGAAGAUGAUAAGCAGAGCUUCAGGGCAGCGAGUGAUUCCUAUCCCGGAUCUUCCUCAACAGCAAGCCUUACCAGCCCCUUAGCUGGGUUGUUGAAUUUCCUCCGUGGCGACUCCCCAAAGCCGGCACAAGCAUCAUCUUAUAAAGUGAGUAAAAUCUACCAACGGGGUCAAAUUGUGAAGCAGGGCAACAUGUCCAGCGACCAAUCUCUAUUUGGCUCCCCAUCGGCAUCGAAGCGCACUGCUGGAACUCAGGCUGCUCAAUGGACCGAGCCCGUGUCGGCUCCCCCUAAAACGACCAUAUUCGAGUCGGCCGGUGACUUGCUCAACCCAAAACUACCCUCAGUUGAGUUCCUUAUUGAUCCGGCCAAGCGUCCCCGCACCAUCUUCCACGAUCGCGUCUACCAUCCGUCGGAUAUUCCUCCACCACCAACCAAAGCGCAUCUUUCCACGACGAGCCAGUUGACAUUACGUCUACGAUCUGGUGUUUCUACCUCUCAAAAAUCAUCAAGCAAAUCCACGUGUGCUUCCUCGCCUACCUCAACAUCGAACAACCCUUCCUCCCCUUCUCAGCGAAGUCGAGCUUCUACCGCUGGGGACGGUUCAACCGUCCACACGACCCUCUCUUCCAACCCCGAUACAGCCGAUGUUACCACCGUUCCAAACUCGCCUGAAGAUGGGGCCGCCAUGAAUGACGAGGACCAAGAAGUUGAUCGUUCCCAGAUGCGCGUUGAAGAAAAGAUAGCCCGAGCUUACCACCGUGGCAUGUCCUGGCGCAAGGUCCUCGUCAAGCUGGAACCCGACGCCCACAACAACAUCUUUGUCCGUCGUAUGUUUGUCAACGCAUUUGGAUGGCCGGUCAUACAACAUCUGGUGCAAGCGCAUUUCAGCGAUGCGGAAAUCGCAAGAACAAGGGACGAUGACUUGCCUGGGAGCGUGGACAGAGCCAGGGCUCCUGAAGAGCCAGCAGGGCUGAAGAAGAGCGGAGAAACAAAGGAUGUCGAACUGGCUGGAAUUGGUGCCGGAGUUGGUGUGGUCAGGGACAGCAUUCAAGGGAAUAGAGAUGAGGUCGCAAAAAGACCUAGUGAAAAGGAGCCUCACCAAAAGCCGCCAGGUGUCGUGCUGACGGGCCAGGCACAACACUAUUGUGAUGGACAUGCCCAUGAGAUUGUGUCGGGGUUGGGCAUGUCUGAGCCUCCUGCAUCAUCGUCGUCCCUGUUAACCCCUUUGGUUACUCCCCGGACAGAACUGAGCGAUAAGUUUGACUCAGUCACGUGGAGCGAUCGGGAUUGGUUGGAUAGUGGCGAAGAUUCUGAUGAUGACAGGAGCAGGAGGAGCAGCACAGGACACGCAAAGAAGGAAUUGGGUGCUGAUACCUCUCUCGAAAAGCUCAAGCCCAGUGAUAUGGAGCUGGACCGAGAAAAUUUCAUCAGGGCAUAA